GUCCCGCCGAGAGUGCCGGGCCGGAGGCACCGGUCCGGACCCAGCCUGCCGGCCGGGCCAUGACUCACUCGGGGCUCCUGGUGACGGGCGCCUCCUUCGCCGCGUUCCGGGGGCUGCACUGGGGGCUGCGGCUGCUACCGACACCCAGAUCUGCGGCGCGGGACGGCUGGAAGUGGCGCAACAUCUGCGUGUCGCUGAUGCACAGCCUGCUGAGCGGGGCUGGCGCGCUGCUCGGGCUGUUGCUGUACCCACAGAUGACCGUGGACCCGGUUCAUGGCCACCCGCCCUGGGCUCUGGUGCUCGUGGCUGUGUCUGUGGGUUAUUUCCUGGCGGAUGGAGCCGACAUGCUGUGGAACCAGACCUUGGGCCAGGCCUGGGAUCUCCUCUGUCACCAUUUGGUGGUAGUGAGCUGCCUCAGCACCGCCGUUCUGUCUGGCCACUACGUGGGCUUCUCCCUGGUGUCUCUGCUCCUGGAGCUGAACUCCGUCUGCUUGCACCUGCGGAAGCUGCUGCUGCUUUCUCACCAAGCUCCAUCCCUCGCCUUCAGCAUGACCAGCUGGGCCACUCUGGCCACCCUGGCCCUCUUCCGUUUGCUGCCGCUAGGUUGGAUGAGUCUCUGGCUGCUCCGGCAGUACCACCAGGUGCCUUUUGCUCUGGUUGUCCUCGGUACAACAGGAUUGGCUACAGUGGGUGCCAUGAGCAUCACCCUAGGGGUCCGCAUUCUGAUCAGUGAUGUGCUGCGGUCUCGGCCACAGCCAUCCAUCCUUGGGCACAAGGACACCUAGGGGACCAGGACUUGUAGUGGUGAACCUGUCUCCAGGGACAAUUCCACUGUCAGCGGGGAGGACUAGAGAGAAGCCACAGGCUUGUCUUCUUCCAGUCCUGGGGGCACUGUGGCCAGGAUCAGGACCCAGUGCUGUUUACUGCACAGAUGGCCCCUGGACUAAGGACGGGAUGAGAUAAUCAGUAUCUCAGUUCCUCCUGCAGCUAACUCACAUCUUACCCCUGCGUAGGAUCUAUGACGAAGAAUUGCUGAUGUUGGUGGCUGGGUGGGCACCUGGGUUACUGUUCACUGAAUUCCAUCAUUAGAGGACCAUCCUUUCUAGCAGAUGAACUCAAGUGGCCCAGCCAGAGGCUGGCAGGAGGCCCGAAGCCGGAAGACACUGCCAAUGGGAACAGAUAAGGGAAGGUGGGGUCCUACGAGGCCUGGUGAGAGAUCUGGUGUGGGGGUGGGACCAGUGGCAAGCGAGACCUCACCUAUGACCAAUUUCUGUCCAUGGGAAUAGGGCACAGGAGAUGUUAUCUGUAGGGAUGGGCAUGACAGUUGCCAAGAGACAGAACUCGAGCCACUGCAAUCGCUGCUGAUAUUUCUGGUUCUCAAAGCCACACUACAGGUAUUGCGUUUGUACUUAACCCAAGUCCUUCUGUGUCAGCCUUUGAAAUGUUUUUAGUAGCUUCUGACCUUUUCAAAGAACAUGUAGACUCUUAGAGAAAUGCACAUGGAGCGGGGUCUGGCUUCUUAGGACAGCACUGAGAUCCAGAGCCACAGAGAGGACUCCAGUGCCUAUGCAGGGCGCCAGGUGUGGGGUCUUCCCAGGCCGGGGUUUCCAGGGAAGAAGGAGCACGGUAGAGCAGGUGAGAGAGGCUCCCCCAGGCUGCCAGGGGAUAGAGGAACAGCGGCCCUCUUCCGGGAUUCCCUCGCACGUCCUCCUUCUCCCCUGCUGCAUCCGCUCUUUUUUCCACUGCACAAGACCCCUCUCCUUCCAAUCAAAGCAUCCAGGCCCAGGGAAGUGUGGCACAGAUCAAAGCUGCCUUUGCACUGAACAAUAGACUCGGAGCGAUAACCCCUCAUCCUGCACAGAAAGGGAACUGAGCAGAGGCGAGAAAUGGGGAGAUUUUUAAAAAGCCUACAAAGAAGCAAAGACCAUGACAGAGACCGACACACAUGGGCUGAGGGAUGGAUAGCAAGAAACAAAGAUUGUGUAGAAGACACGGAGACAGAGAUUGAAGUGGGGCAGGUGGGGGAAAAACCCUGGCAGAAAUAUCUAGAGAGAUUGUUACAGAGGCUGAGAGGAACCAUAGUCCUAGAAUUGGCCAGAGGAUGAUAAAGAGCACAAGAAAAAUAGUCAAAGGCAGACAGACAGCGACCCCAAGGGUGGGAGGAAGGCACAGACCGUCUAGACAGUGAGACAGAGCGAGUGAGUGACGAGGAGGAGCAGCCGGACUCCCGAGACACACAGGUAACAGAUCGGGAGAUUAGCAGGGAGAGAGAGGAGUGCAAACAGAUGAGGGGGACGCAUCAGGGGAGCUGAGCAGCCGAAGGAGAGGAGGCAGCCAUUGUAAGAUCCAGUGACAGAAGAGAGAAGCAGGCGAUCUGUAGAGACAGGCGGGAAGACAAAGGACAAACAGCUACAGUGCAAACACAAAGACGGGGCUGACAGCAGCUGAUAGGCAGAGACUGGUGGGAAGACGGGGACAAGCCAGAGGCAGGGACGCGCACUGACAUAGAAGAAUAGGCAAAGGGAGUGAUGGGGAGAGUCCCAGGGAUGAGGAAGGGUGGGGCCGAACAAGGCAGCAUGUGUACAAGGGACAGGGCAAAGAAAAGGAGGCACCACCGAGCAGGAGAGAGGACAACAGAAAUGACAGGGACAUGGGAAGAAAUGAGACAGAGGCCUUGUGAGAACUCCCCUCCACAGAGUACCUGGCUGCAGAGGGGCAGAAGAGCGGGUAGGGGGCCAAGAGACACUGUGGCGACUGGAAGGCUAUAAAUGCAGGCAGAGAACGAGAGCCGGGGUUUGAGGACAGUAAGACCAAAACCAAGAGGCACAGGUGUAGAAGUUCAGAUGGAGAACAGGAGGAUUUGGUCCUUAAGAGAAGCAGCAUCUUCAAAACUCACCUUGUCAUCACACCUGCUGACUUAACCAGAAUGUUGUCUGUCUUGAGUUUUCAAAGAAAAAGAAAUGGGACAAGCUCACGUGAGGAGUACACACUGAGGUCCAAUAUUGAUCCUUUCCAAAGUGUGCACCUUUUCUCUUACCGCUGUCAUAAAUACAUGGUUCAGUGAGUACCCCUGUUGGUAAUACUUGACAGUACCAAUGAACUUGACCAUUAAGGAAAUUUGGCUGUGGGCUCAUUAGUACAAUCCAUACAGGGGGUGGGCGUUAUGACAUAGCGUUGUGGUUAAGGCACCACUUGGGAUGUCCACUUGUUUGAGUCCUGGUUGCCCUGCUUUUGAUCCAGCUUCCUGCUAGUAAAUUCUGCGAGGCAGCAAAUGAUAGCUCAACUGCUUGUGUCCCUGCCACCCACAUGGGAGACUCGGAUGGAGUUCCAGGCUCCUGGAUUUGGCCUGGCCUGGCCCAACUUAGGCUGUUGGUGUGCAUUUGGGAGUGAAUCAGUGGGUGGAAGAUCUGUCUUUCUCUUUCGCUCUGUCUCUCGAUCUUGCUCUCACUCUCCUUUUCAAGUAGAUGAAAAAAUAAACAUUUAAAAGGAAAAGAUGGUGUGGAUCAAAGAAUAAGGAUGAGUGAGAACUCUCAGAAAGUGAAGUUCAACAAUGCAGAGUGACAGCUGCUGCACUUGGUCAAGACUGGUCUCCAAGUGGCCGGGUCAAGUGGUCCUCAAAACCGAAUCCGUGCCUACCACGCCACUUGCCGAUGAAGUCCUUGUCUUCCAGCAUAGAGGAGGGGUUCUCCUGAAUGGGGAGCAUUGAUGUUUCAUGGUCUAAGAAUACUAUCUUCAUUCUAAAUUAAUAAAUU